AUGCAGCUCGCUGGUGCACUCAUUGUAGCAGCAUCAAUCAUCGUAGCAGUACAUACCGCUGUGAUUCCAAUUUCAAGAAAUGCAGAUUUACAGAAACGAUCACCGGAUAUGAAAGGAAAGCCUUUGAUUAGCAGUCCAGAUUUACAGAAGCGAUCAUCGGAUAUGACAGCAGAAUCUCUGACUGACAAUCCAGAUUUACAGAAGCGAUCGCCGGAUAUGACAGCGGAAUCUCUGACUGACAGUCCAGAUUUACAGAAGCGAUCACCGGAUAUGAAAGGAAAGCCUUUGAUUAGCAGUCCAGAUUUACAGAAGCGAUCACCGGAUAUGACAGCAGAAUCUCUGACUGACAGUCCAGAUUUACAGAAGCGAUCACCGGAUAUGACAGCGGAAUCUCUGACUGACAGUCCAGAUUUACAAAAGCGAUCACCGGAUAUGGAAGCAGAGCCUUUGAUUGGCAAUUCAAUCUUACGACGACGAUCGGUUGAAUCCAAAUUUGAUGUACCACAUCUUGAACGUCGAUCUGACUAUCAUCCAUUGUUUAAUUGGAGACCACCUAGAGCCUGGCCCGUGUUUAACCCAUUUUUUGGUGGUAGAUUUGGCUUCGGUGGAUUUGGUGGUCGUGGUUAUUAA